CACUUGUGUCCUGCUCCAAUUAUUGUCAAAUGAAUCAAAUCUUAUAAAUAAAAGAUGAAAUUAUGAAAAGGGUAAAAAGUUCCCAAUUACUAUCAAAUAUCUUCCCUCUAUAUAAAGGAGGCAGAGUGGGAGCAAGAGAGUAGGCGACAGGGGUGAGGAGUGCGAUCACUCGAUUGAUCGGAAAAAUGGGUGCAGAGCUCUUGCCCAACAAUAACUACAGCAACGAGGCCGGGGAUCUCAAGUUAGAUGCCGAUGCCGACGCUCCUCUCAUCCUGGGUCUGCAACCGGCCGCCCUCGUCGAUCAUGUGGCCCGCGUCGACUGGUCAUUGCUCGAUCAAAUACCCGGCGAGCGCGGUGGCUCUAUUCCGGUCUCAAUUGAAGAGCUUGAGUACAUAUUGAGUGAGUUGAGAAGCCAUAUCCUCGCAUUCCCCAAUGAUCUGUUGCCCAUGAAGACGCUGGCCGGGGGCAGUGUUGCCAAUACUAUCCGGGGAUUAAGUGCGGGGUUUGGAGUCUCCUGUGGAAUAAUAGGCGCCUAUGGGGAUGAUGAGCAAGGUCAGUUAUUUGUGAGCAACAUGAGCUCUAAUGGCAUCAACCUCUCGAGAUUGAGGAUGAAGAAAGGACACACAGGUCAGUGUGUUUGCCUGGUUGACGAGCUGGGUAACCGUACCAUGCGGCCUUGUCUCUCCAAUGCUGUGAAAGUUCAGGCGGAUGACUUGACUAGGGAGGAUUUCAAGGGCUCCAAGUGGUUGUCGCUGAGAUAUGCAAUUUUCAAUUUAGAAGUUAUUCUAGCAGCUAUAAAGAUUGCCAAACAAGAGGGUCUUUUUGUGUCUCUGGAUUUGGCCAGUUUUGAGAUGGUUCGGAACUUUAAAUUACCUCUUCUACAGUUACUGGAGUCGGGGAAUGUAGACCUCUGCUUUGCCAAUGAGGAUGAAGCAACAGAAUUGGUUAGGGGUGAACAAAAUGCUGACCCUGAGAGUGCGCUUGAAUUUCUGGCAAAACACUGCCAAUGGGCUGUGGUGACAUUAGGCCCUAAUGGAUGCAUUGCAAAGCAUGGAAAAGAGAUUGUCCGAGUUCCAGCCAUUGGGGAAACGAAGGCAAUUGAUGCCACUGGAGCAGGCGACCUAUUUGCAAGUGGAUUUUUAUGUGGAUUGGUAAAAGGGUUAUCUCUAGAGGAAUGCUGCAAAGUUGGCACAUGCAGUGGUGGAUCCGUUAUCCGCUCUCUCGGAGGCGAGGUGGCCCCAGAGACUUGGCAAUGGAUGUACAAGCAGAUGCAGAUCAAUGGGCUCCCAGUACUAGAUAGCCAUAAAUGAAUCACACUGCUUGUUCACCCCACUGUUAUCCUUUGUAAUCAAGGGGUGGCUGUAGUUCCAUUUUGGGGCUAGCUUGAGUACGUCUUUCAAGACUCUCUCCCGCAAACUACUAAUUAUUUGGAAUUUGAUUCACUAAAUUAAUUCAACAUCAUCUUCUUGUUAAAGCUUUU